GUCGCCGAGAACAGGAGAUACGUGCUAACCGUGCUACUGGGAGGACACACUUUUCACACACUCUGCAGCGGAAAAGCAGAAAACUUAUUACUUUGAAAAAGUGCUGUUAAAGUGGGGCUACUAGUGUGUCAUGUAGUGUUUUUGAUGGAGUAAUCAGUGCUCAACUGAAGUUUGAUAUUAUCCGAAGUGAACAAUUGCCGUAUCGGGGGGAAAAAUGAUGUUGAAGAAAAAUCUGCUCUGCUGGUUGCUCCUGUCAGCCAUAUUGGUUAAAACGGCCUAUUGCAUUCCAACGUCAGUGGCUACAGAGGCGGACGACGACAAUGAUUCGGAGUGGGACGAAGACGACGAUUCGUCCGAAGCGGACGAUGAUGGGCGGGUCUACAAGAAUCCGCGGAAUUCACCCUCGACCGAGUGUCCGCGAGACGAGGAGCAGGCAACUUUGUUGGGGCAAAAAUGUCUGAGGAAAUGUUCGUCAGAUGAGGAUUGCAAGAGUAAAAAGAAGAAAUGUCUCUGUGAUGGAGCUUGUGGAAUGUCUUGCAUCAAACCUGACCGCGAGUGUCCUGCAUUGGAACAACCGCCAACAGGAGCGGUUACCGUGUCUGGAAAUCAUUUUGGGUCGCGCGCAGUGUAUACUUGUCCUCAUGGGUAUCACGUGGUUGGGUUACAAAGUCGACUAUGUCAGGCGGAUGGAACCUGGGCGGGCAGUGAACCAAUUUGCAAACAAAACAUAUAUUGCCUCCAACCACCUACAAUUGAACACGCUCGACAUUCUGCGCUUCCGGAGCAAGCAACGUUUGAUUUGGACUCGGCGGUUCAGUAUCAUUGCCACACUGGAUAUGCCACCGCUGGAUUUCCUCGGGCCAAAUGUCUUGCCGUAGACGGACAAGCCAGUUGGUACGGACCGGAUAUAUCUUGUGAACCUCGUUCUUGUGGCCAGCCUCCAGAUCCAGCCCAUGGGUGGCACUCGGGAGAGAGUUACACCUUCGGGGGGAAGGUAACCUACCACUGUGGUGAAGGGUACGAGUUAGUGGGUAAAGCUGAGCGAUACUGUCAAGCGGAUGGAUCGUGGACCCCGAAAGAACUUCCCACCUGUGUCUUGGUGACUUCUGUCCAGUGCCCUUCUCCGGAAAACCCUCGAAAUGGAAAGGCGAUAUACACCAGUACGUCCUACAACUCGGUAGUGAGUUACGAGUGUCGUUAUGGAUAUACUCUGGUUGGCGAAAGCUCACGUCGUUGUCACGCCGAUAAACGAUGGACUGGAACCCUCCCAGCUUGUAAAGAAAUUAACUGCGGCCAACCUGGCACUCUAUACAACGGUUGGUUGGAAAACAUUGAAAGCGGAACCGGCCUAGGUGCCAGCAUAAUCUUCCGGUGUCACCCGGAGAUGCUACUUGUGGGAAACACGUCAUCAGUCUGUCAAAUAGAUGGUAGAUGGAGGUAUCCACUACCCCAAUGUUUGGCCCCUUGCGUAGUUCCUUCUAUUUCCCAGGGACAGGUGAUACCUAUCGAGUUUGAUGUGGAUGUCAAUUCAACAACGAUUGUACCAACGACUGGCAGUAGCUCAAAGGUAAAACAUGGUACGGUACUGGAGGUAAUCUGUGAUGAACACUACGAGUUUCCGUUUUCGUCGCUUUCACCGCCGACAUGUAAUAAUGGUACGUGGAGUGUGAUACCUCGAUGUGCUCCAGCACGAUGCAAGACUAUGCCGAAACCACCCAAGUUCGGAAUGGUAUUGGCUCCGAAAACAGAGCAUGGUAUGCGAGCGAGAUUCAAAUGCAAGGAUGGAUAUAAUUUGACUGCUCCAGGGGGAAAAGAGCUAUCGAAUCCGAACGAUUAUGUGUUGAUAUGUUCCUUUGGAAACUGGACAGGAGAAACGCCGCAGUGCCAGGAGGUUUACUGCGCUUUUCCUGGCUAUAUCCCGAACGGAAAAGUGCUUUUGGUGGGUAAUAUGGGUCUUUAUGACUACAGACCAUACGUGAGAAAAGUUAUCAACAAUAAGCAAAUAAUGUACGAGUGUGACAAAGGAUACGUGAUCGACACUGGUCCUCCAGGUGCGACUUGUAUCGGUGGUAAAUGGAGCCCCAAAGAGCUACCUAAUUGUAUUCCCGGGCAACACCCCAGAUUGCGCUGGAACAGGCGCCGUAGGUCGAUAGAUUUGAGAAUGCGUUACAAUAGAUCGAAUUACCUCAAGCAGCACUAUCGGUACUUGAAACGUAAGCUUGAGGAACACGAUGAAUAUAACAGAAUGUAUCCUAGCGAACCCCACGAGAUUGUGAAGAGAAACGCUGUGGAAUAUAGAGGCCAGUUGCCCCAUAAACGGCACUACAAUUUUGACGAUUUUCAACGAUUUAGGGUGAAACGGAGCAUCCAGGCGAAUCGGAAUGCAUUUCUCCGAAAUGCUUUCCAAACUGUUCUGAGUCGCGAAAAACGUGAGCUCUCCGAGGUGGAGAAAGCCUACAGCAAGUACUACGAACGGAUUAAAGCCAAAUAUAGAAACUAUGUGCAGAAUUUAUUGGGUUACAAUAAAAUGCGUCCGCUGGAACAAAAUCAGGAUAUUCACGUCCAAGAUGGUAGAUGGUACACCACCGACCCUGAACUUGUGUCCAGGAAUAGAAUAGUUCACAAGGCACGGAUUGGGGCAAAUGAUUUCGAUGAUGAAUUUACUACCAAGCAGACUAAAGUGGUACGAACCAAAGUCAACAAGGCACGUUCCAAGCCAAAGAUUCAACCUCCAAUCACGGUUCCUGAUAUCAAUCAGGAAUCAACGUACAAGUACGAUCUAUAUGACAUCCCAGGGAGCAACCGAUCCAAUCAUAUAACCGAGAACGACAUUUACUCUAACUAUUUUCCAUCCCCGGUCACCGACAGAUACCAUACGAGUUGGCAAUUUGCAUCAGAACUUGCCCCGAAAGUGCAUGGACGUUCGGAGGAGAGCAACAAAUUCUACGCGAUGCAUCCUUAUCACCAGAAUUACACCGAAAAAAAGCCAAUUUCUUCGGCUGCUCUAAUGGAGCAGCUGCACUCGCAGAUCAUUCGCCGGAAGCGCGAUGUUAAGGAAGCGUCUGUUUCCUCCGCCGAGGAGAACAGGAGGGCUCAGAAAAACAAUAGAAAAAAUGCCGGUGGAGUUGUAAACCAGACGGACGCAACCGGAGCAGAUGGUGUCGAUCCGACGAAAAAGAUCAAAUUCAAGGGACCGUGCGAACCGCUAGGGAGUGAGUCGUACGGACAGCUGGAGAUUGUAAGACUGGGAAAAGAUCCUAAUGAACCCUUUGGAGCUGGAACCAUUGUGAGAAUAGUUUGCAGUAAGGGUUACAUCUCGAAUAUGGCGGGCCCCAACGCGACUUCCAAGUGUGUGAGGGGAAGAUGGAAGCCGAUCAAACCAACCUGUAGUAUGAAACCAUGUUUCGUGCCUUCAACGGAGCAUGGAAAGUAUUACGGAACACCGGUUGAUUUAACUACCAUGGAUGCCAUCAAGUCAACCACGGUCGCGCUUACUCCUAUGGAAACAAUUGAAAAUGCCUUGAUGAUCACCUUCCAGUGUGAUCCCGGGUACAAUACACAGGGCCCAUCAAAUUUACGCUGUUGGAAUGGCGAAUGGGCUGUGAGUUCACUCCCGGAAUGUUUGCCAGCGCCCUGUGUCCUGCCACCAAUCAUGCAUGCUAUGUAUCAGGGGGGAUAUCGUGCUGGUCUAACCAUCGCCCAUGGAAGCUCUGUGAUGAUACAGUGCGAAACUGGCAUGGGAAAUAUGGCUCCCGUUCAAAUGGACUGCGCUCUCGGUUCACUGACACCCGAAACCAUCAAUUGUGGUUACAUAGCAUCUCGCAAGUCACGAGAUGAUGAUAGCAGCUCGGUAAUUAUUCUGGACGGCAACAACGUAACAUCUUCGGAGGAUGAGAAUGACGGCAGAGAUUGUGGACCACCGGGGAAGAUUCAUGGCUCGCUGGUGUAUAAAAAUGGCGAACAAAUUGAUGACAGCGAGGAAGGAUUCCACUCCGGGACGGAAAUAACGUUUGAUUGCAUUGCCAGUAUAACGGGAGAGCAGACUACGUGGAAGAUAAUCUGCGAGGAUGGGCUGUGGAUCGGACGUUCGAUUACUUGUGAGGACGAUGAUCCGUUGUUCCAUCGCAUUCCAUCAGCUAACGGAUCGUGUGUGUUUCGUAACAAUGAACCGCAUGUUGUGAGUUUCUACAAUGAUCUUGAAAUAAGAGAGGACAUAGUCGAAUUUCCACCGGGCACGACCAUCAUUUCCAGAUGCGUAGAUAUCGGGAAAUACGCAAUGAUUGGUACCAGCGUCAGGACAUGCGUUCGAUCGGAAUGGACUGGCCAGAAGCCUUCCUGUUUCGGACUGAAUCAGGAAAACGAUUAUGCUAUGGAAAAGCCACCCACAAUUUUAAUCCGACAUCAGAAUGGUCCAAUCGCUCAAAGUAACGAUGGUAAGCUGAUUGUGUAUCCGGGAACAACGGUUCAUUUGGAGUGUCUGUGGAUGCGACGAUUUGGAAAUCCGAAGUGGAAUGUAAGCCAUGAUUACAGGAAGUAUCCAGAGGGAUGGAGCUCGGACGAGGGACGGGAUCCACAACUUGAGUACAGAAUCAGCAUAAUGCACGCAGUGAAGGAUGACUCGGGGAUCUUCACUUGUGUCACUCCGGCUAGGCACACUCAUUCGGUUGAAGUGAUUGUUAAGCCUGUUCACUGCAACGAAAUCCAAGUUCGCCGCGGUCUUUCGGCUAGUUUAUCGGAAACGAUGAUGGGCACAAGGGUACUGUUCUCGUGCACAAAUGGGAACGCACUGAUUGGAACACCUGAAAGCUCAUGCUUGCCGAGUGGCAAUUGGAGUGCACCACUUCCGGUGUGCGAGAGCGUCGAAUGCGGAGAGGUCCCGAUACAAUCGAGCAACAACGGAUCCGCUCCGCGGGUAGCCAUUCUGUCACGGGAAGUGGGUGGCCGCGCAGCAUUUUCAUGUCCACCCGGGUACGGUUUGCGAGGACCAAGUGAGGCUAUUUGUUUGCCUUCGGGAGAAUGGGGUAGCCCCUUUCCAUCGUGCGUAGACUUGUCCCCCGCAGAGGUCCAGUGCUUCCACCCGGGUGCUCCCCAGAACGGAUACGCACAGGGCACGCCUCCGUACAGGGCAGGUGACGUGGUGCAGUUCAACUGCAAUCCGGAGUAUAUGAUGCAGGGUCAACCGAUUAUUGCCUGCCAGGAUAACGGGCGAUGGUCCGGUGGCUUGCCGAAAUGUGUCCAGGCUUGCUCAUACCCGGGAACGGCCAUCAGCGGUCGAAUGUCGUCAGUGAAAUUCUACUACUCGAUUGGCGAAAGCAUCACUUUCACCUGUGACGCGGGUUUGGAGCUGCGAGGAGCCAAAAUGCUCAAGUGUCUCAAGAAUGGCAAAUGGUCUAACGCUAUUCCCACCUGUGUCAAUCCCGAUGCUGUGAAUGUGCGAAGUGACGCCAAGGGUAUCUUCAAGCGAGACAAUUAAACUUAUUACAAUACCUAGGGGUGCGUUGGGGCGGAUGUGUCUUGUAACUCCAGAAUUGAGAAACAUACCUAUAUCAAUAAAGAAGAAGGACUAUCUAGAGAAUAUCUGUAGGCAUUUCAUAGAGCCAGGAUCAAUCAAGUUUUAAUGGGUACACGAAAUGAACACUUUUGACUGUUUAAUGUUAUUUGCGCAGACGGUAUAUUACACGAGGCAUAGUAAUGGGACAUGAGGCAAACGCUUAAUUUUCCAUCCAAAUCCAAAUGGCGAGUAAUAUAAAAUUUAAUUUUAUCCUGGCACGUUACGUUUUAUUUGCUUGUUGGCUCUCUAUGGAAUAUGAUUAUAAAUAGACGGAAAAUCAAUUACUGCGUUGUUGACUCUAUGGUAAUGGCAAUCAUAUUAAUGUUGGUAAAUGAGCAUGAUAAAGACAAUGGUGAUGUUGUGAAUUCAAAUUGGUUUCGUUAGUAGGAUUAAAAAUAGGUAUUGUAUGUUAUACACGUACCAAACACUGUUAGUCAGGGUUUAUCGCCAUGAAUUCAUCGUUUAUACCAUUCAAACGGGGAACUAAAUUUUUGAUAGCGCUAUGAAGAACUCCUCUAUAAAUAUUUUUCAUAAAUUCAACAUGCAUACAAAUGGGAUGACAAUGUACUUUUGAAUAUAAAUAUUAAUUAACGGGUGGAUCGAAAUCAACACGGUAGCUGUGUUAACGAGCUUGUUUUGAUAUUUUUGUUGUGCCAAUUUUUAGUGUAGAUUAAUUACGACUCCACGCUGUUACUGUAAAUAUAUAGCAUUGAUUGUAAUUUAUUUGUUUAUCAUUAAACUAGUAUUGGUGUGAGAACUGAACCAGAUUGGAAUAAUAAAUCGCUGAUAUAAUGCAACUAGCACAUCACACUAUGCGCCUCUCGUGGCCGACAAACGUUGAACUGUUCCACAAAAAGACAUGUCAAUAGAAGCAACUACAGAAAUAGCGAAAAUAAAAAUGAGAAUUGAAUAGAAGGGAGCACAAA